AGCAUCUCCGAGCGAAUCCCAUUACAUCACUAUGUCCUGACGCCAUUGGCUGAAGGUCAAGGGCUCGCAAACCUGCGCUUCUUCGCCGUAGUUUUCGCUGAUUUUUUUUUUUUUGGCGUCUCCAACCUUUUUCCCUCCCAGCCUCCGAAAGCCUAUCUGUUAUCCGUAAAUACGGCUCCAUGAUGGCAGAAAGCGAGGCAGAAACGCCAAGCACCCCAAUCGAGUUUGAGAGCAAAUAUUUCGAAUAUAAUGGCGUGAGGCUUCCUCCGUUCUGCAGAGGGAAGAUGGAGGAAAUCGCCAACUUCUCUCUCAGGAGUAGUGAUAUAUGGAUUGUCACCUAUCCAAAAUCAGGGACGAGUUUGCUCCAGGAAUUGGUGUACCUUGUAAGCCAAGGAGCUGAUCCAGAUGAGAUUGGGCUGAUGAACAUUGAGGAACAGCUUCCUGUUCUGGAAUACCCUCAGCCGGGCCUGGAUAUCAUCCAGGAGCUGACGUCUCCUCGCCUGAUCAAGAGCCAUCUACCUUACCGCUUCCUUCCCGUGGCCUUGCACAAUGGCGAGUCCAAGGUGAUUUACAUGGCCAGGAACCCCAAAGACCUGGUGGUGUCCUACUACCAGUUCCACCGCUCGCUGCGGACCAUGAGCUACCGGGGCACCUUCCAGGAGUUCUGCCGCAGGUUUAUGAAUGACAAACUGGGGUACGGAUCCUGGUUUGAGCACGUGCAGGAAUUCUGGGAGCACCGCAUGGAUUCCAACGUGCUCUUCCUGAAGUAUGAGGACAUGUACAAGGACCUGGCCAGUGUGGUGGAGCAUUUGACCCGUUUCCUUGGCAUCUCCUGUGACAAGGCCCAGCUGGAAGCCAUGGUGGAGAGCUGCCAUCAGCUUAUCGAGCAGUGCGGGGACUCAGAAGCCUUGUCAAUCUGCAGAGGGCGGGUGGGCUUGUGGAAAGACAUCUUCACCGUGUCCAUGAACGACAAGUUUGACGCGGUGUACAAGCAGAAGAUGGGAAAGUCGGACCUGACCUUCGACUUCAGCCUGUGAGAGGGCACCGCGCGACACGCCUGCCGGACAGCUGCCGAUCCCCGCCGCCUACGUGUGCCCGCUCCGCCUUACGGCCCCUUCGCACACCCCUCGCAUUCCACCCCACCCCCCCCGGCCCCCAUCGAGAGUCCUCCUUACCCCGGCUCCGCCCCCAUGUAUAAUCAGCAGCCACCUAUCACGCUGUCAUUAUUUGCCUUAUGUAACGUAUGUAUGUAUGUAUAUACGGUACCAUUUAUUGUACAAAGCUGUGGCUUCACCCUGACCCUACCUGCUUGGAGCUUUGAUGUUAUGUGAUUUACUUUCUCCUUCAGUCACAUCCUUGGCCCCCCAUCAUAACAUACAUGAGAGUCACAUGAUGCUUUAGUGACACACUGAUGUUACUACAUUUCCAGGGAAAUAAUAAAAAAAUGUAUAUGUGUCUUUAAAUAAAUAAAUACUUUAAUGUCUUAAGCCAGGGAAUAAUCUCAGGAUUUGCUGGCUCAUAGACAGAAACACCUGAGCUUUAGUGAUGCAGCACAAUCUGUGAAUAUUUCCCCCCGUGUUAGAGGUUUCCGGUUUAGGACCAUAUUAGGAAGUCCUUUUUAAAACCUGUAGCAUUUAAAGACUGUUGUAGAAAACAGUCAGAGGAUGUCUGUGUGUCCCUUAGCAUUUCUGUGUUUCAUUGUCAAAGAAUCUCAGACCUGGAAAAACUUGAGUUUGCCUUCUUCAGCUCCUUUGGCCUGAUGAGACGCCUUUUCUCUUCAGUACCGCAGCCAGUUCCCAUGCAAACUAAAACCAAACGGACAUAAACACAAGGGGUUAAGUACAGAGUCUCAGGUCAGUUACUGAAAAUCACUCUUGAAAAAUAAGAGUUUUGCAUAUAUAAGGAGUGUCUAGGCAGAAAAACCAAUUCUCAAGCCUGCUCCUAUUCCUUGAACAUAAAUGCUGUAAAGGGUAAAUUCCCCCUGAAGUUCUGUAUUGUCAUUUUUAUUUUAUAUUGCUUUUUCUUGUCCAUGUACUACACACUAGGGCUCUCAGCACACAUGGCACAAUACGUGUGCCCCCUAGUGGUCAGUGGUAGAUUAAAAUUGCCAAUUGAUUCCGCCGCAUUUCAAUGUAUUAAAGAUCACUCCCUCCCUCAUAGGUACAAACACCAGAGUAGAGGCCAUUGCAUCGUCGGGUGCUACCGCGUAGAGCUGUAAUCACGCAUAGAUAAAGGGGGCGUUUUUUUCCUCACGAUGCCACCCGAAUACUUACAUCUAGUGUCUUCGUACUCCCUGCUUCUUCUUACUUCCAAGCAACCAAACAAGCAGUUCUAUAUACUCAUUGCUACACAGCUGGACAGUCAUGAAUGUCUUGAUUGUGUGGAUGUACAAAGCUUAAGUAUAUUACACGUGGCAUUUUAGUUAGCACGGCUACACUUUGAUAAUCACGCUUCCUUAAUUUACGUUUACGUCUCCAGGCAUGCCACAGUUUGAGUUCUAUUUUUAUAUCGUCUAUGGUAAUUGUACAAAUUCCAGUACACUGUAUUUGCAUGCUUGCUCGCUGGUUUAUUAAUAAAGAUGUGUAUUCAGA